AGAGAGGACAGGAUCGAGAGGGAGCAUUCGCUCAAAGAAGCGUCGCGGGGUCGCAGUUCUUGGGGAGUCGCGGGGAAAGAAAGAGAGGCAAAGCCACUGCUCUUGUCUUUUCGAAGACAUAGGAGGGGGAGGGGAAGGAGGAAGAAGCGCUCAGCGAGGCAUAAGCCUUCAUAGGAAUUAUCUUUUCCCUCGUCUUACCCGACACUGUGCCUAUUUCAAAAAAUAGAGUGUGCUGAGUACGUUCUGGAUUACUCAUAGGGCCUUUUUUGUUUUUCCGGGCGCAAAACCGUGAUCUGGAUUUAUAACCGCCCUAUAAAGCUCCAGAGGCGGUCAGGCACCUGCAAAGGAGCCCCGCCGCUCUACCGACGAGCUGCCCCCGCGAGCAGCGGCCUCGUGAUUCCCCCGCCGAGCCGGUCCCCGCCUCCCCACUCCGCCCCCGCCUCCCCCGAAGCCGAGCUGCCACCUCUCCGGAUCUCUGUCUUCUCCUCCCGGCGCUCGCGUGCGGGACGGUGCUAGUGGGAGCGAGGCAGCAGCUGGAGGUGACGCCGGACAGAUCACGCCUGUGGCAGGGCCGGGACGAGCCGAGUACACCGCUGGGCGCUGCGCAGAGGAGCGUCGGGAGCGCCAGGCUUGCUGCCACCAAGCCGAGCCGGUUCCUGCGCCCGACCAGACGAGGACCCCGGACAGCAGAGUCCCCGGGACGACGAGCCGAUGGCGUCUUCGACCCCUUCUUCGUCCGCAACCGCCUCGAACGCGGGAGCAGACCCUAAUACUACUAACCUGCGCCCCACAACGUAUGACACCUGGUGCGGCGUGGCCCAUGGAUGCACCAGAAAACUGGGGCUCAAGAUCUGCGGCUUCUUGCAAAGGACCAACAGCCUGGAAGAGAAGAGCCGGCUUGUGAGCGCCUUCAAGGAGAGGCAGUCCUCCAAGAACCUGCUUUCUUGUGAAAACAGUGACAGAGAUGGCCGCUUCCGGCGUACGGAGACCGACUUCUCCAACCUGUUUGCUCGAGAUCUGCUUCCAGCUAAGAAUGGGGAGGAGCAAACUGUGCAGUUCUUACUGGAGGUGGUGGACAUACUCCUCAACUAUGUCCGCAAGACAUUCGAUCGCUCCACCAAGGUGCUGGACUUCCAUCACCCACACCAGCUGCUGGAAGGCAUGGAGGGCUUCAACUUGGAGCUCUCUGACCACCCCGAGUCCUUGGAGCAGAUCCUGGUGGACUGCAGAGACACCCUGAAGUACGGGGUCCGUACAGGUCAUCCUCGAUUUUUCAAUCAGCUCUCCACUGGAUUGGAUAUCAUUGGUUUAGCCGGCGAAUGGCUGACAUCAACUGCCAAUACCAAUAUGUUUACAUAUGAAAUUGCACCAGUGUUUGUUCUCAUGGAGCAAAUAACACUUAAGAAGAUGAGAGAGAUAGUUGGAUGGUCAAGUAAAGAUGGUGAUGGGAUAUUUUCUCCUGGGGGAGCUAUAUCCAACAUGUACAGCAUCAUGGCUGCUCGAUACAAGUACUUCCCGGAAGUUAAGACAAAGGGCAUGGCGGCAGUGCCCAAACUGGUCCUCUUCACCUCAGAACAUAGUCACUAUUCCAUAAAGAAAGCUGGGGCUGCACUUGGCUUUGGAACCGACAAUGUGAUUUUGAUAAAGUGCAAUGAAAGGGGGAAAAUAAUUCCAGCUGAUUUACAGGCAAAAAUUCUUGAAGCCAAGCAAAAGGGAUACGUUCCUCUUUAUGUCAAUGCAACUGCUGGCACAACUGUUUAUGGGGCUUUUGAUCCGAUACAGGAGAUUGCAGAUAUAUGCGAGAAAUAUAACCUCUGGCUGCACGUCGAUGCUGCCUGGGGCGGUGGGCUACUCAUGUCCAGGAAGCACCGCCAUAAGCUCAGUGGCAUAGAAAGGGCCGACUCAGUCACCUGGAACCCUCACAAGAUGAUGGGCGUGCUGUUGCAGUGCUCUGCCAUCCUCGUCAAGGAAAAGGGUAUACUCCAAGGAUGCAACCAGAUGUGUGCAGGAUACCUCUUCCAGCCAGACAAGCAGUAUGAUGUCUCCUACGACACUGGGGACAAGGCAAUUCAGUGUGGCCGCCAUGUGGACAUUUUCAAGUUCUGGCUGAUGUGGAAAGCAAAGGGGACAGUGGGAUUUGAAAAUCAGAUCAACAAAUGCUUGGAACUGGCUGAAUACCUCUAUGCUAAGAUUAAAAACAGAGAAGAAUUUGAGAUGGUUUUUGAUGGUGAGCCUGAGCAUACAAACGUCUGUUUCUGGUAUAUUCCACAAAGCCUCAGGGGCGUUCCGGAUAGCCCUGAGCGACGGGAAAAACUCCACAGGGUGGCUCCCAAAAUUAAAGCCCUGAUGAUGGAGUCUGGCACGACCAUGGUUGGCUACCAGCCUCAGGGGGACAAGGCCAACUUCUUCCGGAUGGUCAUCUCAAACCCAGCUGCUACCCAGUCUGAUAUCGACUUCCUCAUUGAGGAGAUAGAAAGACUGGGCCAGGAUCUGUAAUUGUCCUCUGUAGAACAUGAGUUUAUGCGAAUUCCCUUUCCCCUCUGACACUCUAGAACAACCUCCGUAAGUUACUGAAACACACAGGCCAUUUCAUUGAGGGAAAAUAUAAUAUCUUGAAGAAUACUGUUAAACCCUUACUUAAGCUUGUUAUAGUUAGCAGGAAAUAACGUUCUUUUUAAAAAGUUGCACAUUAGGAACACAGUAUAUAUGUACAGUUAUAUAUACCUCUCUCUAUAUAUACACAUAUGUACGUAUAGUGAGUGUGGCUUAGUAAUAGAUCACAGCAUGUCUCCUACUCCAAGAGAAUUAACUUUAACACCUUCAGCAGUUACUGAGGGACCAAACAUGCUGCAAACCAGCUUGCCCAACAACCCAGGAAAGAUGUUUUUCAAAAUAUCAGGUUGUCGGGACCAAGGGAAAUGCUGUUGGCAGGAGUUGACCUUGUCGUCAGUGUUUCUUCCACCUGAAGUGAUGAUGGAUGAGAAAAAGCACCACUGGAUGACAAGAGUCCUGCCCUCCCUAUUUGUAUCCUGUUAGGGGAAACUAGUAGCAGAGUCAUUGUUACAGGUGUAUUAUUGCUGUAUUUUUAGAGAUUAAUUUGUGUAGAUUGUGUCCAUUUCUGUUGUCUGACCUUGGGGGGGAGGGGAAGAACACAUGUAUGACUUCAAUGACUGUUUAAUUGUAGGUAAAUGAAAUAUUUGCUUAUUUAUAUUCAGAGAUUUACCAUGUUAAAGAGGCAUCUUGUAUUUUCUUCCCAUUUGUAAUGUAUCUUAUUUAUAUAUUAAUGCAGUAAGUUCUGAAAACUGUUUAUGGUAUUUUCGUGCAUUUGUGAGCCAAAGAGAAAAGAUUAAAAUUAGUGAGACUUGUAUUUAUAUUAGAGUGCCCUUAAAAUAAUGAUUUAAGCAUAAAUUUACUGUCUGUAAGAGAAUUCUGAUACUGUACAUAGAGUUGUAUGUAUGGAAAUCCCAUUACCUAAAUAGCAUCUGCUCUUCUAUUACCCUCUCUGGCUGUAUGUCUGAUGUUCUCUUAUGCUUUUCUAGUAACUGUUGGAUAAUAACUAGAUUUCCUGUAAUUUUGUAGUAGUUCAUGACCAAUCCCUGUGACUCGCUUAGCUCAAACCUAAGGCAACGUUUCCGAAGACCUUCCGAAGAUCUCAGAAAAAUUGACCAGGCUCACAACUGUUUUUUGAAGAAAGGAAAUUCACACUGUGCAUUUUAGAGUAUGCAAGAAGAAUAUAAAUAAAUAAAAAUAUUCUCCAUGGAGAAUUCGAAGAAAAUUUUCCUUGCAGUUUGUGUUUUAUGCAGGAAGAGAGGGUUCCAAUUUACAAUGACUUGGAUCACCCAUUCAGUUUCUACUAGCCAACUUUAAAUGAUGCUCAGUAUCCUUAUUAAGCUGGGACUCAGCCCACUGUCAUAGGUUCCCGAACCCCUUAUCUAUAAAAUCAUUUAAUUGCAAUUAAAUAAAAUUUGCAGUUCAAACCUGGAGAAAGAAAA